GUUAUUUAGUAAUUUAGUGAUCAAGGAACGCUUGUGACUGGAUUCACGUUUUGUCUUGGAUAACAGGUGGCAUGGAAAUGUCUGAUAGGUACUGCCAAGAAAUGAGGGUUGACGUGUCAAGUGUCUCCACAUCCAUGACCACUGAUCCCAUGACAGAGGAGAUACUGAGAGAUGAUUUAAGGUUUUACUUCAUGAGCCCUUGCGAGAAGUACAGAAGCCGCCGACAGCUACCGUGGAAGUUAGCAGUGCAAAUUAUGAAAAUAUUCAUGAUUACACUCCAGCUUAUACUGUUUGGACUGAAUAACCAGCUUGUGGUUUCCUACAAGGAGGAGAACCUAAUGGCCUUUAAGAGUUUAUUUCUGAAAGGCUACAGUGGUGUGGAUGAGGAUGACUACAGUAUUUCUGUCUACACCAGACAGAAUGUAUAUGAUAGUUUACACUACGUCAUAGAUCAGUAUUCCCAGUUAGGAAACCUGUCUGUAGGUCCCGUUAGUUACGCUGAGGAGAAUGAAAAGUUUCUGCCCUUAAUCAUCUGUAAGAAGAGCUACAAGAGAGGCAGCGCUGAACCGUCUGAGGAACCGUUUGAUAUUGAUGCCGAGCUUGAAACAGUUUGCUUGAGUCUUGAUCCAGAGUCUAGUAAAACAUGGAGAAUGAACAACGCUUCAUUUUAUGAGUUGGAUUUUUAUAGGCUUGUUGAUAUUGAGAUUACUUUCGCGCUCAAAGGAAUCAAUUUGCAAACGGUUCGUUCUCAUGAGCUGCCAGACUGUUACACAUUUUUUGUGAAGAUUGUGUUUGAUAACAGUUACCAUAGCGGGAAGGUGAAACUGACCCUUGAUUUUGAUGCGGUUAGUAGUGUGUGCAAAAACUGGAAGAUUUCAGGAACUGCUCAGAAAAACACUCACUACUACCUGAUCUUUGAUGGCUUCGUUAUUGUAGUGUGUCUGAUUUCUGCAGUGCUGUGCACACGGUCCAUUAUACUCGCUGUGAGGUUACUUCAGCGCUUUUCUAGCUUCUGUCUUGAGAAUUAUAAUCUCAAAGUGUGUGAAGAUGAUCAGAGGGAGUUCUUGAAUGGCUGGUACAUCUUGGUGAUUGUCAGCGAUGUGAUGGCCAUUAUUGGAUCGAUACUAAAAAUGGAAAUACAGGCUAAGAGCUUGACCAACUAUGACGUCUGCAGCAUCUUCCUGGGAACAUCGACUCUAAUGGUCUGGGUGGGCGUCAUAAGAUACCUGGGAUACUUCGAAAAAUACAAUGUGCUUAUCCUCACAAUGCGAGCGGCCUUACCAAAGGUCUUGCGCUUCUGCUGCUGCGCAGGAAUGAUUUACCUCGGUUACACCUUCUGUGGAUGGAUUGUUCUGGGACCCUAUCAUGAGAAGUUUGAAGGUCUGAGUCGUGUGGCCGAGUGUCUCUUCUCCCUGGUCAACGGGGACGACAUGUUCCCUACGUUUGCUGAGUUUGAGCAGAAGAACACUAUGGUUUGGCUCUUCAGCCGAGCUUAUCUCUACUCGUUCAUUUCGCUCUUCAUCUACAUGGUGCUCAGUCUCUUCAUCGCCCUUAUCACAGACGCUUACGAGACCAUCAAGGGUUACCAAACGACAGGCUUCCCCAUGACAGAGCUCCAGCGGUUUUUGACAGGGCAGAAGGAGGGUUUCCCCCUCCAGGGGCAGGAGGGGGUCGGCCCAGAGCGCGGCGAAGCCGAAACCGUCCACCCUUCGGUUCUGCUGUGUUGCUGCAAAAGGGUUCCCAAAGACGACACUGUCAUUCUCAUCAGUUGACCGACAGUUGCGACUGAUUCAAUGCUGAAUCUACCGAAAACUGCAAUGGAUUUGCAGCUUAAUAAGGGAGAUUAUGUGAACUUGUUUACCGCUCCAUGUACAUGAACCAUGAACUACACAGGAAGCGAGAUCUUUCUGUGAACAUGGCAAUUUCAUUAGGAACCGGUAAGACCUGCAUUAGCAAAGGGAUAAAUGCCAAAUCAUAUCUGCAAAAGUGCACUACAAUGCAAUUAAGAGAAAAAAAAAGCAUUUUGGGGGUCAAAUGGCAACCACAGAAGAUAUUCAAUGCUUUUUGAUGUGCAAUCUGUAAAAUUAUCCCUGUUUAAUGUUGGAUAGUAGAGGAAAAAUCUUUUAUGAUAUUAAUUAUGUCAUCUGGAUUGUCUGCUCAUGUUUUACAUUAGAGAUUAGAGAGUUGAUUUUUUUUUUUGUUUUGUUUUGUUUUGUUUUGUUUUGUUUGUUAGCGCUUUUUGUGUGUUACGUCAAAAGUGUUGAGAAAUAUUUCAAAAAUAAAGUCUCAAUAUUGUGCUUGAAAUAUGUCAAGUGCGUAAGGUAUGAAUGUAAUGCGUAUGUGCAACGCUGGACUGCUAAGAAUGCAUUGUUCACUCAGCCAAGGUAACUUUUGUCUUGGUGGAGAUGAUCAUACUUCAUGAAGUGAAUCACGGCUCAUUAUCAUCAUCAUCCCACAAUUAGCAGGGAAGGCAGACAAGUUCCUACGUGACUUGCUUAGUAAGCACUUGCUCACUGGGAGAAAGACCUUGGGUGCGGGAAUGGAAGAUAAUAAAGUGUAUUUUGUAUUUUCAAACUAACAGAG